UUGCUCGCGAGUAAAAGGUAAGCACGCAUGAUUUGCAAACAUUAGUUUAGAGGGCAUAGGUUUCAAUAGUUUUUUCAUCUUGUCGCAUUAAGAAUUGGCCCAAUUUUCCUCUGGUUCUUUUUCAUUGAAGUAGCAGUAUUUUAUUCAAAUUAGACACAACGUUUUAACGCUGACAUAAAACGACAGAGCUGAGAGCGAGGUUUUUGAUAGAGACGCAGACAGAAAAUUCGAGAGAGAGUGUCACGUGAAGAGUUUCAGGAAUUAAAAAUAUAAGAACACGUGAAUCCUCAGUGUUGUUUGAAAACUUGACGUAUUUUUAUUAUUUUCUUGCUAAUACCUUUUCUUCCCUAAAAUAUUGUUUUCUAGAGAAUGCCACCAAAAUCAAGCAAAUCAACCUUCUACACUGUUGGCCAGUUAAUUCUCUGCAAACAUCUUGGUGUUAAAUACGAAGCAAAAAUUUUGGAAGUAGCAGAUUUAGAAUCCGGAGAUCCUAGCUAUUUAGUUCAUUAUAAAGGGUGGAACAGUCGUUAUGAUGAAAAUGUGAAACACAGUCAAAGUGCCGGUAAAAUUUUCGAAGCAACACCUGAAUCUAUUGCCGAUGCAAAACACCAAUACAAAGAACAAAAGAAGAAUAAGAAAGGUCGAGUGGAAAAUGUGAACGAUGACAAGAGUGAUAAUGGAUCGAGAGCUAGUUCGCCGGGUGCUUUUGGUUUGAAAUCAAAAUCAAAUAAAAGGAAAGCUACUGAUUCACCUGCUUUAGGUGCCGAGAAACCAACAUUCGAUACCAAUGUUUCGUUGCCAAAACCACUUCGUGCGAUUCUCAUCGACGAUAGAGAUUUGAUCAACAAAAAUUAUCUAACCAAAGUUCCAGCGCGUUUUACAGUCGAUCAAAUUAUUGAAGACGUAAGAAUUGUCUUAAAUUAUUUUUGUAUUUUCCCUGAUGAAUUUUUUUUCAGUAUCGAGCAACAUUAGGAAAAAAUAAAGACGACGCCACUGUGGACGAAUUUUAUGUUGAAUACGAAAAUGGAAGUUCACUAUUCGCAGCAGAUUCAAUGAUUCUCUCUGCGAGAGGUGUCGCUGAUUAUUUUAACAAUCUUUUAGAGUGAGUUUUUUUUUCAAAACACACAUGAGCACCGAGUUUUUCAGAUUACAAUUGUUGUACAAAUUUGAACAACCGCAAUUUCAAGAGUUGGUCGAAAAAGAAAAAAACGCAGGAAAACCAGUUGCAAAAAAAUCGCGUAAAUCAGCAGCUGCGGCAGCCAAAGAAUCAUCUCCUUCAAAUUCAAAUGCCGACGAUGAAUUCCGCCCAUCAAAAUAUUACGGACUUGUUCAUUUGUUGCGUUUGUUGAUGCAUUUGCCAAAUUUAUUGAAAUUAUCACCUUGGAACGAUUAUGUUUUGAAAGGAAUCACUCAAACAAUUCACGAUUUUGUUGUUUAUCUCAACAAAAAUAUUGACAAAUAUUUUGAUGCAAACGAUUAUUAUUCAGUUGCCCCAACAGAUUAUUAUCGUCUCACUCAUCAAACCUAAACACGGUAUUUUUUUUGGUUUGUUAAUGAAAAAAUUAAAAGUAAAAAUAUGUUAUCUGAAUUUUCAGAUACUCAAAAACUGAAUCUCAUGAUCCGCAAUAUCUCAAAAGAGUUCUAA